GUUUAGAAGCAGUCAGCAACUUGGAAGAACAGCAUGGCAAGGCGCGAGAGGAGGCGGAGGAGGCCCGGGAUGCCGCAGAAGCCUCUCUGGGUCGUUUGGGCAUUGAGCUGGUGCGAUUGCAGUCCAGAGAGGCAAUCCUUCUGGAGGAGUGCGCUGCCAGAAGAUCGUCUGAGGCUGAGCGAGCCAAACAGAGUCAGGACCUCCGAUUCCUUCGCCAGUCUGCGGCAAGCGAGAAGCAACGACACGAAGAAGUGGAGGCCUUAGGGCGCGAACGCCUUGAAGAGAUGAGGCGCGAAGUGACGAAGACGCGCUCAGAAGUUGAAGAACUGAGGGAAGAGCAGCGUUCGGGUGAACAGAAGUGGCGCAAACUUCGUGCCUUAGAACGUGAGAAUCGACAGCUGCGGGAGAAACAGCUGCAGCUGCAAAGUGCCGAAGGUGACCUCAGAAGUCUCCGAGGAGAAUUGCAGGACGCCUUGGCAAAGGGUUUGGGGGCCUCAAGUGGUGCAGUGGAGCCCUUGGAGCCCUCCCUUUGUGGCUUACCUGAGCUACGACAGCAGCUUUCGCGUCAUCCCUGGCGCCUGGACGUCGAGAAUCGACAGGCUCUAGAAGCACGCUUGGGCAUGACAACAGCGCAGCUCCUGCCGUUCCUUUCCUCACGACUUGGAGACGGUGCUGUGGCAGUGGGAUUGGCGCCCAGCGGCAAGGUCUUCUUAGGCCCAAAACUUCAACUGCCGGGCCGACAGUUGGAAGCCACACAAACCUUGCUGGCGCAGAUGUUUGCUGCUGGCGAGGCCAUGGACGCCUUCGUCUGCCGCAAGCCGCCCUUGGGCGCCUCGCGGAACCUGUUGCGACAGCUCUGGAACUUUCCGGACGUCCGGUGGAUGGGAGGAGAUGCCCAUUCCAUGGACAGCUUGCUGAGUGGCUGCAGCGGCGAUCUUCGUCUCAUUGAUGUGAUCGGAGCAGGUCAUGGCUGA